AUGGCCACGCAGAACCGCCAGCAGCUUCUUCAGCCUCGCCGCGUCUUAGAUUUGGAUUUGGAUUUGGACCUGGCUUUGGCCCAAGCCACGGACUUCCCAUUCGCGGAGGCUCAGCGUCCUGAUCAUGAUGUUCAAGGCGCCCUCGCUGACUGGGCGGCUUGGAAACAGAAUGUUGAAAUCCCAAUGAUUGGAUCACUAGCCUCAGCUGGUGUCCACUCCUACGGCAUAUCAAGUCUCGGGGUCUCGAUUUCCAGAGUUACAGGAACAGGGACUGGUAGGAGCAUCACUCCAUGGACCAACCUCACUCAGCCUCAGCCUCAUCCUCAUCCUCAUCCUCAUCGACUAUGCAUUUUACACUCCCUAUUCUCAACCUGUCGACAACCUGUCGACAAACGACAAUGGCAAGGUCAAUGUCAACGACAGCGGCUAGCAGCGGAUCAGCAUUACGUCCUGGGAAGUUUCUCAUCAGACAAGGAAUAUGCGGGUCGGGUCGACGAUGAACCCUUCCCUUCCUCGCCUGACUGCUUACUUGGUACUGGUACUGGUACAUCCGCCUCCACUCCCCACGUCAACAUCCCCCUUCUUUGCAUCGCGAUCUUCACCUUCCUGAACAAUUCUGGAAGUCCAGAUGUGUCACGUCCACCAGCAAAUCCCGUCGGAACCAGCGCUGCUGUCGCAGUAACCUCACCAACCUACAAUCCAUGGGAAGGCCAGCAGCAACAGCUGUCCCUAAUAACCCCAUACACGAUGCAAUCCCAACAACGCCAGCCAUACCAACCUCACAACUACGAUCCCUACUAUACCCCAUCCACCUCAACUGAAAGCACACCCCCAAACGGCUUCGUCCCCUACUACAUCGACCCAGCACACGCAAGCCUCUCUCCCCUCCAUCCCAAUGGCCCUAUAUCGCCCUACCCUGCCGGAAUCCUCUCGCCCAGCUCCCCAACCUCCCCUCCAACACCCGGCACUGCUGCCCUCUCGGACCCGGAAGCCGAACAGAAACGCCUCCGCAACACAGCAGCGUCGGCCCGUUUCCGCGCCAAGAAGAAAAUGCGCGAGCAAUCCCUUGAGCGGGUGUCCCAGGAACGCCGCACGCUGCUGUCGAGACUGGAGGGCAGGGUUAAGGAGUUGGAGGAGGAGAAUAAGUGGUUGAAGAAUCUGGUGUGGGAGAAGCGGGAUGCGAGGGAGGAGCGAGAAUUGAGGCUGAGGAGGGGCGAGAUCGAUGGAGUGGACGGUGAAGGCGAGGGGAAACGCGAGGGGGACAGGAAUGAUGGGGUCGGAACAUCAGGGUCGUAA